CCGAUCGCAGCUGCUUCCUCGAGCUCGGCGUCCGUCGUCUUUGUCUGCUCAGCCGCGCUUCCGCCGCCGUUGGUUGCCGUUAACGUUCGCGUCUUCGUUCAGCCGUCGUCUUCGUUUCUUCGCCGUUCAAGUUUGCUCGGGGUUCGCCGUUCGCGUUCACUCGCCGUUCACCGUUCGGGUUCGCGUUCGUCUGGAAGCCACGUUGCCCUGCUUCAAACUCUGCGACCAACCCGCGCGCUCCACCUAGCCGUCGAAGUGAUCUCUUUUGUCGCCGCUACAGUCUCACUCCACUUCCUGUUUUGACGUGCCCAUUUAUGGCGACGGAGAAGUCACAAGUCUACCACGAAAGGCAGAGGCUUCAGUUUUGUCUAUUGCACUCUCUCAACUCCCUCUUUCAGCAAAAGGAUGCUUUUAGUAGAGCAAGCUUGAAUGCAAUUUCUGAAAGGCUUGCACUUGAUGGUUCCAAUAGUGGAACAACAACAUGGACACCACUUUCUGUGCUUUUCAAGCCCCAUCACAAUUCACUUACUGGAAACUAUGACAUAAAUGUUCUGAUUGGUCGCAUCCUCCAUUGAUCUUGACGUACCUGAAGAUAUCUUGAUGGGGAUUGUGAUCAAUGUCUCAGUGAGAAGGUUUGCAGGGAUUUGGAAAAGUAGGCACUGGAUUGCUUUGAGGAAGAUUGAUGGGGUUUGGUACAACUUGGACAGUGACCUUGCUGCCCCUCAACGUUUUCGAGACGCACAAGAAGUAAGGGAGUUCUUGGAUUUUACCAUUGGUCAUGGUGGGGAGGUUUUGCUUGUCAUGAAUGGAAAACAGUCUUGACACUUUUUAGAAUUUUUCUUUUUUUCUUAAUUUUUUAAAAAUGUGUUCUUGUUAGUUGAGUUGAAUUUUUGUGUAUAUCCAUGUAUAGUACAAGAUUUAUGCAAUUUUGAGAGAAUGGAGCUUAUACUUGGACCUGUGAUGUCUCCUUGUGUCUUUGUUUUGUGUAUAACAGUAGAAUACUGAUUUUGAAGGAUGUUAAUAAUGUGAAAUAAUGUGCUCUGUAUGUGGUUCACUUAUGAAAUCCAUGCUUCAUUUGGAUCUGUAAA